AUGAGGCAGGUCAUGAAAGAUGUGAGCAGACAUAAACCACCCACAUUCAAUGGAAGCAUGGAUCCUUUGAAAGCUGAAGCUUGGAUUGAUAAGCUUGAGACGAUUUUUAAGAUUGUUCCUUGUACCACCUAUGAGCAGGAAAAGGAGACUGAGUUCUUUGCUCUUCGUCAGGACAAUAAGCAUGAGGAUGAUUUUAUUGCUGAGUUUAUUGAUUUGUCCAAAUAUGUCACUUAUUUGAAAAGUGAGGAUAACCCUAAAUGGAUGGCCUCACAGUUGAUAGAAAAGGCCAGGCCAGAGUUGAGGCAACAGUUAGCCUUACUUCCUUUCGAGAGUUUUGAGGAUACAUGCAACAAGCUGAGAGUGGCUGCACGAAGGGCUAGGGAUACUGAGGAGGCCAGACGUCGGGACAAUCAAGGCAGGUUUUCCAAUUUUAUGAAGCCGAUUGGUGGAAUUGGAAAGAAAUCUGGUUAUGGUUCCGGAAGCUCUAGCAAGAACAAAGGGCAGAACCAGAGGCGUCCAGAUCAGAGGGUUCCACAGCAGAGGUCUCAGGCAUUGAAGAGCCAUGUUGGAGGGAGUCAAAACUCCCACAGAGAGUCAGCUUUAUCUAUGCCCAGUGUUAGAGGGCCUUGUUCGAGAUGUGGGAGGAGUCAUUCAGGGACAUGUAUAGAGUGCUUCCGAUGCCACAGGUUAGGGCACAUAGCUCGCUUUUGCCCAGAAGGCCAGCAACCACCUCAGAGCGGUCGUUCUACGAUUCCAGGUCGAGUCUAUGCUAUGACACAGGAGGAGGCUGGUGCGUCUCCUAAUAUGAUUCGAGGUACAGUUUCACUCCAAGGACAUAUUAUUCCUGUUUUAUUUGAUUCUGGUGCUACACAUUCUUUCAUAUCUAUUGGAUGUGCUAAGAAGUUUGAUUUUCAUGUAAUUGACUUACCUUAUAAUUUGAGAGUUUCUACACCUGCUGGGGCUACAGUCAUGACUUCUCAAGCAUGCUUAAACAUUGCCCUUCAAUUUGAGAUCGUGAUUCUGUAA